CUUUGCUAUAAAUUAUUUACAGUGCUACCGGAGCAACCAGUGGUUCUGGAUCGCUGGGGACGGUUGAUGAAUGGAACCAAGCUUGGACCCAAGGAGGAAGGCGAUGACGUCGUUAUCACAUGUCGCGUUUCAGGAGGUCGACCGCAGCCCGAAGUACGGUGGUUGAUCAACGGCAUUAUUGUGGACGACCAGUACGAACAAAAUUCCGGCGAUAUAAUAGAAAAUCGGUUGCUGUGGCCGACAAUCCAGCGCAGCGAUCUAAAUUCGAUAUUUACCUGCCAGACCAUGAACACUAAGCUCGUCGAAGCGAAGGAAACUAGUUACGUGCUGGAUUUACAUUUAAAACCACUGUCGGUGAAAAUAAUUGAUCCACCGCAAGCACUGGUGGCGGAGAAUCGUUACGAAGUGUCCUGUCGAAGCUGGGGCUCCAGACCUCACGCCAUCAUAACUUGGUACAAGGGUAAACGUGAAAUGACGCACACCAAGGACGAUACCCAGAACCACAACACCACCGUCUCCACGCUGAUAUUCUCGCCGAAAAUCGAUGACGAUGGCAAAAAUAUGACAUGCAGAGCGGAGAACCCCUCCGUCAAGGGGUGGUUCCUGCAAACUACCUGGAAAAUGAAUGUUGUCUAUGCUCCACUCGUUUCGAUCCAACUGGGUUCCACAUUGGUCGCCGACGAUAUCAAGGAGGGAGACGAUGUUUACUUCGAGUGCCACGUGAAAUCAAACCCUUCCUGGAAGAAACUGCUGUGGUUCCAUGAUGUAAGUUGUGUUUUUAAGAUUGUUUUAGGUAAAGGGUUGCAAAGUAUGAAAAAUGUAUACGGUUUUUGCUGUCCAAACAUGCAAGCGCAUUUUUGUGGGUCGCUUUCAUUACAAUAAAUGUAGAACAGUUUG